AUGCCCGGAAAUUUUGGCCAAAAAGUUCUCAAAACCCUUGGUAUCGACCCAAGCGCUCGCCAUCAGAGCUCUAAAGAUGUUCAGCUUCCAGGCAGACCAGCAGUGAACAACGAUGAACGUGGAUUGUCUUCACCUCCGAACAAUGGCACAUACCCUCGUUUGUGUAGACUUUCAGAUGGUUCUAUCCUCUCCUCUUUCACCAGGUUCCCCGACGGACAACGCUCACUGCGUGUUGCCAAAAGUACGGACAACGGUCGCACGUUCGUGGACUUCGCCGAAGUGACUCGCGCUGCAGGCGACGUGGAUAACAUGUUUUUGUGUGAGGUGGUCCCUGGAACUGUGUUAGCAGCCUUCCGAAAUCAUGACAUGGGCCCGAAUGGUCCCACCCAUUUCCGCAUUACCGUCUGCCGGUCUACGGAUGGUGGCCGAGUUUGGCGAUAUGCCUCCCAAGCCACAGAAAAGCGGCCUCCGAUGGGUGUUUGGGAGCCUUUCAUGCGGCUCGGUCGCCAGGGUGAAGUACAGCUUUACUUCUCCCAAGAGUUCGCCCCCAACAAUCAAUGCACCAUGCUCGUCGUUUCCCGGGAUCACGGAAGUACUUGGACUCAACCGACCUGUCUCCAUGGUGCUCAGGAUCCGCUUCGUGAUGGGAUGAGUGGAAUCGCACGAACUGUUGACAAUGGCCGUGAGGCUCUGGUCAUGGUCUUUGAGACCACUCGAUACGGCCCAUUCAACAUUGAUGCACUUCUGUCAUAUGAUGACGGUGCAACUUGGGGUUGGCGCCAUGAGGUUUACUGCCCACGGCAGGGCCGUAACGCUGGUUCGCCGCAGAUUGCGUCGUUUGCUGAUGGGUCACUAGCUGUGGUGUUCAUGACAGACGAAGACGCCAUCCACGUAGACUGGGUGAGGAAUGCUUCUAUCAAGAUUGUGUUUGCUGGGCCGCCACAAGAAGGACGGGUUCAAUGGAGUCAAGCUUCGCUUGUCUCGCCAGCGUCCAGUUUCUGGCCUGGCAUUAUGGCUCUCGAUCACCAUACUGUGUUGGCAACUUAUGACCGCGGUGGGCCUCUGGCCAAGACCGUUACUUGGCACCCGUCUUAA